AUGUCCAGCGUCUCGUGUUUUCUCUUUUGUGUUCUUUGGAUAACUAUAUUUGACAAAGUGCAACUUACAAAAACCGAAGAUGUUCUGGAUAAAAUAAAGGCAGGAUUACAGUAUGCCAGUAACUAUUUGGAAACGGCUAAGGACAUUGCCGACUUGGUGUCUAAGAGUUUAGGUCAUAAGCAAAAACAAAAACGAGGAGAAGACGGGAAUGAUGAAAAGCAACCGUUUGGUCCUUCAAAUUUCGUUUCCGCAUUCCUUCGACUUAUUAGAUUUGAUUCACAAAAAGUCGCAGCAAUCGCAGUCAAUAGUGUUGUAUUUCUUGCACAGAUGAUAAGUACGCUUUUUGGACUGAAAUCGUCGCAAAGUAAUAUCGCCAGGAACAUGGACGACGAAGAAUUUGCUUGGGAUCCUUUAAAAUUUACUUUGGAAAAUAAAAAUGAGAAUAUUCGAAAUUUAGUUGAUCAAGCAAGAAAUCCGAAUUUACCAAAUCAGUUGAUAGCGAGAGUGACUGGUUCUGAUUUUGCCUGUAUUCGAUUAUUACUGUGCAAAUCAUCUCCGAUUAUACACGCAGCGCAAACGUCCCUUAAUAAUAAAUCGCAGGAUUAUAUGCAUCGAAUUAUUGGGUGGUUACCAUCUAAAGAGGAUUUUGAAAUAAGCAGCGACGAAUGCGAGAAAAUUCAUACCGAUUGCCGUUUAUUUUCAUAAUUAUUAUUAUUAUUGUAAAGAAGCUAGGAAACGAUGAAAUGUUCUCGUUAGAAAACUCAAAGAUAUAUUUCUGUGUUAAAGUGUUAGAUAAUAAGUAUCUUCAACAAGUUUAUUGUUUGUAUAGAUAUAAUUGAGUUUCUCUUUUUUAUUUUAUAUUACAGAUUAAAAUGUUUCGAAGAUUAACAAUUAUUUUUACUCUUUACAUGAAAUAAAAUAUUCAGCGCAGAAAAUAAUAAUUGGAGUACGUAUGCAAUCAUAAAAGUACACGCGUGGAAAUCUUUCUCUAUAUAUAAUCUAUUAUCGUGUUGCACAAGAGAUUCAAGUUGCUAUGUUUUCCAUGCACAACAUGUUGUUGUAAGCAAAAUACGCGACAAUGAUUGCACAAUAUAAGUAGAAAUACAGAUUAAUCAAAUAAUUAUCAUAAUGUACACUAAUUCGCUAAUUAAUACUAAACUUACUUAGAUACAUAAAAAAAUAUUUUCGAUAUAAUAAGGGCGGUGCUAAUACAAAGAGUCUAUAUACACUUUGGAAUCUAGAAUUUUAUUACAAGUACUUUUAAUUAUAAUUAAUCUGUUAACAUGUAAGAACUUAUAAAAACAAAAAAUAAUAAU